UAGCAUCCUCUCCAACCUUAUAACUUGCCUCUUGCUUGCUUAUAUAUUUGUUACUUUCUGGAUAUUUGGAAUUGGAAGACAUACUUCGAUAUUUGCUUUGAAAAAAGAAAUGGCUUUUGAUAUGGAGUCCUUGUCAGAGGCAACAUCAGGAGCCAUUGGUUCUCUGGUUAGUACCACCAUCCUCUACCCUCUUGAUACCUGCAAAACAAAGUAUCAAGCUGAACUUAAAGCCACUGACCGUCAACAAAAGUACAGGAAUAUUUCUGAUGUUUUUUGGGAGGCAAUUUCUUCUGGUCAGGUUCUUUCACUGUACCAGGGCCUUGGAACGAAGAAUUUGCAGGCUUUUAUUUCACAGUUUGUGUAUUUCUAUGGGUACAGCUUCUUUAAGCGGUUGUACUUGAAGAAAAGUGGGAAUAAAAGGAUUGGCACAAAGGCAAACUUGAUAAUUGCUGCAGCUGCUGGGGCUUGUACUGUCGUAGUCACACAGCCUUUGGAUACAGCAUCCUCAAGAAUGCAAACCAGUGCUUUUGGGAAGUCCAAAGGAAUCUGGAAAACCCUUUAUGAGGAAACAUGGAGUGAGGCAUUUGAUGGUCUUGGCAUAUCUCUUCUUCUGACAUCAAACCCAUCCAUUCAGUACACAGUAUUUGAUCAGUUGAAACAAAGACUUUUGACGAAGCAGCUCAACAGAAGAUCUGAUAUAGAUUCAUCCCCGCAGGCUCUUUCUGCCUUUUCCGCUUUUAUUCUGGGUGCAGUUUCAAAGUGUAUUGCUACUUGCAUUACGUACCCAGCUAUCAGGUGUAAAGUGAUGAUUCAAGCUGCAGAUUCAGAGGAAAAUGGACUUCGGGACGUUCAACUAAAAACCAGAAAGACAAUUUUGGGUGCAAUAUAUGCAAUUUGGAAAAGGGAAGGCUUGUUGGGUUUCUUCAAAGGGUUGCCAGCCCAGAACUUGAAGACAGUGCUAAGCGGAGCUUUGCUUCUCAUGAUAAAAGAGAAAAUUGCAAAGACGACAUGGGUCAUAAUACUUGCACUUAGAAGGUAUAUGUUCGUCACACCCUCCAGAAUCAAGAGUGUGUGAUUGCAGUGAGAAUUAAUACAUGGAGCUCCUGUCAAGAAAGAGGCUCCACUACAUAUGGCCAUUUGUUGGAGGAAAUAUUCUUUUAGAUGCAAUAAAAUGCAGCAGCUAUUGGAUUACUGGAAACCAAGUUUGUUUCCAAGUGAGGUUAUUGAGCACACCCAGUUUGCAGCAAAGAAGGGAUUUUUAAAAUUCUUAAUACUCCUGUUCAAAUCAAUAUUUUACAAUGGAAUAAUUUUGUAAUGACCCCGAAGUGAAAAUAUCAUUGAUUCUUUCCAUUGGCCAAACUUUGUCUUAAUCUUGACUUUGGACUUGACAUAAUUUGAGAUGACCAGCUAAAUUUUGACA